AUGAAUGCCAUGUCUGACAACUACAUCACAGGGCAGCCUACGGACUCGACCGUUACCUUCAACGCCACCACCAGUGCAUGUGAGAAGAGCUCGCAAUGGCCUUCGGUUGUAUCUCUGCUUCGGAGACUACGAAGACGGGGUCUCCAAGCGACAGUCACGGCAGAGAACGCGCUUAUGAAUGCAUGUGGGAGCCAGCAGCGAUGGAAAGAGUCUCUUCAAGCCCUGCGCCGAAUGCAAGACGGCCACAUGGAACCCAACCUCACUACAUUUAAUGCAAUUCUUAAUGCGCGCGAGAGGGGUCAUAUCUGGAAGGAUGCUGUGCAGGUUGUGGCCAAGCUAGUGGAGCAGCGGCUCGUUCCUGGAAUUUUGACAGGCUGCGCCGCUGUAGCUGCUGCUGGAAGAUCUACUAAGUGGCAGCUGGCUUUGGCUUUUCUGCCUCGAUCUCAAGCAGAUUUGGUAUUGCAUUCAUCAGCGAUGGAUGCAUGUUUAAGCGCUCAGCGCUGCCAGCCAGUUUUCGUGCUCCUGCAGGAGCUGUGCGAUGGCAGUGUGAAGGCAGACACUGUGAUUUGCAACUCUGUCAUGGCCGCGUGUGUCAUUGCGAGGCAGCCGAACAAGGCGGCCUCCAUUCUUCAUCAUGUGCAGUGUCAGGGCCUGGAAUUAAUGUCAUCCGUGAACUCAGCAGACUGCCUGAGCAAUUUGCACGAUGUGAAAAGUAGAAUGCAAGUGAUUGUGCCGGAGACGUCCAGGAGCUUUAGCUCUCGAAGAUCCCCUGGUAGAUCGGACUGGGCCGAGGGCGCUCAACUUCUACACGACUUGGAAAAGCAAGAGCUGCAGGUGAGUGAAAGCAUGUAUACGUCUGCAAUCCGUUCAGCAAAGCGGUGGAGGAUGGCUUUGGGCCUGCUUUGUCAUUUGCAAAGACCGGCACUUCAAGCAAACACCGUGACAUACGGGGCUGCAGCGUAUGCCCUUCGGAAUGAGACGAAGUGGAUUCAGUCGUUAAGCCUCCUCACAGAUGCUCAAGGUGCAAGCUUAGAAAGCAGUCUGGUAACAUACAAUAUCACAACGACAAGUUUGGGCAGAAGCACAGGCCAGUGGAUGCGAGCUGGUGCACUGCUCUCAGACCUCAGACGGGUGCAACUGAAGCCUGAUCUUGUCAGCUACAACUCGAUGAUUUCUUCUGAAGGCAUGGGAUGGCAAAAGGCAAUCGCCUUGAAGGCUCAGAUGCGAGCACAGCAGGAGGGCAACAUGAUUACGUUGAACUCCAUAUGCAAUUCCUUUAGCAGGGCUGCUGUUUGGGAGCAGGCCCUGCACGUCCACAAAGACGUCGCUGCUUUGCAUAGCCUGCCUGAUCUGGUGAUGGUCAACACGAUCAUCAAUGCUUGUAAAUCACAGUGGUCCACAGCCUUGUUCCUUCGAGAUCUUUCUUGGUCACGACAGUCGCCUGAUGCUUUCACGUAUGUGGCUUGCAUCUCCUGCUUCGAAUCCGGCGCUCAGUGGCAGCGGGCCUUCAGCCUCCUGGGACCUUCCGAGGCUCAGCAGCUCAACAGUUCGAUUACGUACAAUGCCGUUGCUGCUGUUCUGAACACUUCUGAGCAAUGGCUGCAGAACCUAGCCUUGCUUUGCAACCAACGAUGGCGCCGCCUGCCAGCUGACAUCAUCACCUUUGGAACCUUGGUUACUGCAUGUGAGGGGUGCUCGCAGUGGCCAGCUGCGCUGAUGGUGUUUCAGGAGCUUCUGUCAUCAGGACCGAUGCCAGAUCUCAUAGCGUAUAACGCGGCCACUAGUGCGUGUGGCAGAGGCAGUCAGUGGCAGUUCGCUCUGACGCUCUUCUUCGAGCUUUCUGCUGCAAGACUUCAGGGCAACAGCAUCUCGAGAAAUAGUGCCAUCAGCGCAUGUGCUAACGCUGGCCACUGGGAGCAUGCACUUUUGCUGCUGUCUGAGAGUUAUGCUCAGUCGUUUCCGGCGGACAUUAUCGCACACAGCGCUGCCAUAAGUAGCUGCGAGAAGGGGCAGCAAUGGCAGCUGGCAUUGGCCUUGUUGAUGGAUCUUCCGCGGAGUCAGUUGAAGCCAAACGCGGUUGCCUUAAGUGCCACCAUUAGCGCAUGCGAAAAGGCUCAGCAGUGGAACUAUGCAUUGGAACUGCUGGAGGUGUUGGUUCAACAGCGUCUGAAGCCAGAUAAGGUCGCGAUGAAUGCUGCCAUCAGUGCCUGCGAGAAGUGUGGGAAAUGGGCCCAUGCUCUAGUGAUUGCUGCCGACAUGGAGAACAUUCGUCUUCAAACUGAUGUGAUCACGUGGUCCACUGCCAUCAGCGCCUGUGCCAAAGGAGCCUCUUGGCGACCCGCUCUGGCCCUUUUGGGACGGCUGGAGGAUGCACUUAUACAGCCAAAUGUGAUUACUUGCAAUGCUGUGUUAUGGGCAUGUGUAGCUUGCCAAAAGUGGGUUGAGGCACUUCAAGUGUUUGAGAAAUUUCGCAGCCAGGCCUUGCGAAUCGAUGUUGUAACCUUGAGCGCUGCAGUUUUGAGCGAAGAGCUCGGAGCUCGCCUCUUUCAACUGCACCCGUUUCUGACAAGCUUGACCGAGUUGUCUUUGCAGCGGCUGAAAGACUUUGCUCACCCGAAACAUGGCCCAUGCUCAGCACUUUGUUAA